AUGGCCGAAAUCUCUCAUGUGGAUAAAUCCAAAAAACCUGUUAUGUAUACAUUUCGAUUCGGUGCGUCUGAUGAACAUGUACAUCUUACAGAAACGGAACUCAAUUGCAUUCCGUAUUUAAAGAAAUUUGUGGAACAUAAAAAUGAUUUUUCAUCGCAUCAAAAUGAAAACGGUGAAUUUGUGUUGAAUGAUUUUAUUGAAUUUACAUGUUUCAUGGCAAUUUUGCGUUCAGUUAUCUCCCGACAACCAUAUAGAUUAUUUAGCGAACUGUCGGAAAACUAUAAUAUUUGUGAUGCACUUCAAUUAUUUGAUUAUCUUAAUAUCGAUCCAUUUCCUUUACCUAUUCUCAAAGACAGAUCUUUAGUAUUAACCAAUGCAAUCAAAGUUCAUAAUGAUGAAAAAAUUAUUAAAUUUCACAAGGCAACACUACUCGAAGCACAACAAACAGCUGCAGAGUUUAUUAUAGCUCUUCAUAAAAAUGAAUACGAUUUAAAUGAUUUUAAUACAGUAAAUGAAAUUUUUCGUUUGAUCAAAAUAAUAGUCUCCAAUCGAGCUGUUUUUAGUCCAAGAUUUCGUCAUCAUACGAUUAUAGUAGCACAACGAUGUUGUUAUGCGUUCUUUUCUAAAACGAAACGACGCCAACUACCUACUAUUCAAGCACUUGCUAAAGCACACAAGAAAGAUAGCUUAAUGUAUAACUACAGUAAAUACUCUUCUUAUCUUCCUGGUGACUUCUGUAAUACGUUCGCUUGGAGAGGUGCCUAUGUGCAAAAAGAAGACAGUCACACUAAUGCUUUAUCGACAAGCUCAAAACAAGAAGAUUUGCUUGGUAUUUUCAACUUAAGACGGGAAACAAUACAUAAUGACAGUGACCUUUUUAAUGUAUCAUUCGUGGAUAAUUCAGAGCAAACCACUAUGGUUGAUUGGGUAUCGUUUAAACUCUUUUAUCGUAAUCUGACAACAAUAUUGGAAUCGUAUAUACUUAAUAUCCAAGUAACAUCCAAGGACGGAAAAAUACACAACUUCGAAGAUGUGCUUGAAAAAAAGGAAAAUGAAGCAAAAGCAGCUCGAUCAGGACUCUUUAAUACAUUACCGAAACGACCUAAAGUCGACAAGUGCAAGCAUCGAUUUGGUCCCAAAACUAAAACUUAUCGAUAA